UGGAGCGGUCCCGGCGGCGGGGCCGGGGCAUGCCGCGUUCCCGGAGCCGCGGUGCGGGUUUGUGCUCGGGCCCGCCGCCUCCAUGGCCAGCCCGCGGUGCGGGUUUGUGCUCGGGCCCGCCGCCUGCAUUGCCUGCCCGCGGUGCGGGUUUGUGCUCGGGCCCGCCGCCUGCAUUGCCUGCCCGCCCUCAUGGCCGUGGCCCGGUGCUGGCGGGGAUGGCACUCCGGUUCUGGGGGCCCUUCCGAAGAGCCGAGGACUUAUCAUUCCCUGACUUUGGCCAGAUGGAGGAGGAGACUGCGAGGAAGAGGAAGAUGCUCUGGGACACCCAGGCAGGGAAUGACCUGCACACAGAGGCCAGGGAAGACAAAUCCCCAUGUCAGAACCUCGUGGAAGAGGCUGUUUUAAGCAGCUCCACAGCACAGGAAUUCAGCAAGGAGGAAAAGCCCCGGAGAUCCCCCACAAGAUGCAGCUUUAAACCCAGCCCAGGGAGCUCUGAGGAGGAAAGACCCACCCAGUGCCAGGAACGCAGCCAGAGCUCAGAGCUGGUGAUCCAUGAGCAGCUUCCUGACAGGGAGAAGCCCUACAAGUGCUUGGAGUGUGGGAAGAGCUUCAGCUGGAGCUCCCACCUCAUCCGGCACCAGAGGAUUCACACUGGGGAACGGCCCUACACGUGUGGGGAGUGUGGGAAGAGCUUCAGCCAGAGCUCUGACCUGGUGGUCCACCAGCGCCUUCACACAGGGGAACGCCCCUACAAGUGCUUGGAAUGUGGAAAGAACUUCAGCAAGAGGUCCAGCCUCACAUACCACCAGCGCUUCCACACUGGGGAACGGCCACAUGUUUGCUUGGAAUGUGGGAAGGGCUUUAUCCAGAGCUCCCACCUCAUCAGCCACCGCCGGCUGCACACCGGGGAACGGCCCUAUAACUGCUUGGAGUGUGGGAAGAGCUUCAACCGCAGCUUCAGCCUCGUCAUCCACCAACGUGUCCACACUGGGGAGCGGCCCCACGAGUGCCACGAGUGUGGGAAGAGGUUUCAGAGCAGCUCCGAUCUCGUCCUGCACCAGCGGAUGCACGCGGGGGAGAGGCCCUUCCGCUGCUCUGACUGCAGGAAGGCUUUCAUCCGUAGCUCUGACCUGGUCAAGCACUGGCGCGUCCACACUGGGGAACGGCCCUACACGUGUGGGGAAUGUGGGAAGAGCUUCACCCAGAGCUCUGCUUUGACCUCACACCAGCGGACCCACUGGUAAGAGAAGCCCUACGAGCGCUCCAGCUGUGGGAAGAGCAUUGGAGGAUCCGUGCUGGGCAGAGCAUGAGGUGACCCAUGUUCCUCGUGAUCCACUUUGGAAGGCAUCUGGCUUGUGGUCUCCACAUCCUUCGGGUUCUCCAUAGGCACCUGGAUGAGCAGAGGGGCAAGAACAUCCACUGGGACACAGACUGAUGGUGGAAAUUCAUUGGGAAGAGUGGACUUGUUGACUUUAGACCCCAAAAAAUCUCAUCUGCUCCAUCCAAUAAUUUCUUCCUCUGGUAUCAAGCAACACUGGAUGAUCUUUAGGGUCAUUUCCAACCUAAAUAAUUCCACAAUUCUAAUUCUCUGUGGCCCAUGGGUGUCUUGCACAGCCAAAUGGUGAUGGACUGGGGCAAAGACCAAAAUUUUGAACAGAGUGGGGUAGAGAUCCCUCUUAAAAAGGCUCUUCCACCCACCCAAGCCAACUCCAUGGACACUCACACAAUGCUGACAUCUAAAUCUUUUUAUUUUGGCCUUGAUUUUCUUUUGAUUCAUGUUUAUCCCUUAAAAACACCCAAGGUUGGGGUAAAAAAAUUGAAUAGAACCUCUGAACUGCCAACAUUUAUUGAAAUUUUGGGGUUCUAGGGGAUAUUUGGAGAAAUGUGGGAGAGUUUUCUCCAUUGUUUUGCAGUCCAAAUCCAAGAGGGAUCAAUCAGUUACAUCAAAAUUACUCAAUCCUGCUGAAAAUGGCUAAAUCCCAACCUAAAAUAGCUCUGUCCCACCCCUUAAGGGCAUGAUUCCAAAUGUCUCAAAAUGUCUCAAUUCCACCCCAAAAAUCAUGUGAUCCCACAGCACC